AUGGGGAAAUUACGAGCAGCUUCCUCUUGCCUACUCUCCUGUCUCCUCGUCUUGUUCUUCAGUUCAGUUUCAGCAGACACGGAUGAUCCUCAAGAUAGACAGAAGGUGUAUAUCGUCUACAUGGGUUCACUUCCUUCACGAGCGGACUACACACCAAUGUCCGAUCACAUGAGUAUUCUUCAAGAGGUCACUGGAGAAAGUUCAAUCGACCGUUUGGUGAGAAGUUACAAGAGGAGUUUCAACGGGUUCGCUGCCAGGCUCACUACGUCGGAACUUAAACGAGUAGGCGAAAUGAAAGGAGUUGUGUCUGUGUUCCCGAACAAGAAGUUACGACUCCAAACGACUGUGUCUUGGGACUUCAUGGGUUUAAAGCAAGGCAAAAGCACAAAGGGGAACCUAAACGUGGAAAGUGAUACCAUUAUCGGAGUCCUCGACAGUGGGAUCACGCCAGAAUCUCAAAGCUUUUCCGACAAAGGCUUUGGUCCUCCUCCUAAGAAAUGGAAAGGUGUUUGUUCUGGCGGUCAAAAUUUCACAUGCAACAAGUAAU